GCACAUGUUUUUAUCCCCUAUCCCUCUUUUUCCCAGCAGGUCACAGGUCAGACAGUCAGGCCCUGGAGGACAUGGCCCACUAUGACUUCCUGGUGCAGCUGAGAAAGGAAUCCUCCCACCACUACCACCAGCACCAUCAGCCCCCUAACGGCAGCGCUACAGCCCCAGCCAUGUAUCACCCUGGCAGCCUGAACCUCCACGAUGACCCCCUUCCCAUCUGGUCUCCUGGGACGCAGCGCUCACCUGAGGGACAAGAUGGCAUCCCUCUGAGUCCGGAUGCUGUGAGGAACCUUCAGGCAUGUCCUUUCUGCCAGCGCACCUACCACCUCGGUGCAUCUCUACGCGAGCACAUCAAGUUCUGCCAUGAGCGGGACGGGGGGCACAUAGUGUGCCCGGUCUGUGGGUACACUCCCCGCUAUAGGGCACAGAUGGAACAACACAUGGCACUGCACAGUCAGGUAGAGGAUAAGCACCCUGGGUCCGACCAUGGCAUAGAGAGCAGGAAGUUCAAGUGUCUUCAGUGUGGGAAAGCCUUCAAGUACAAACACCAUCUCAAGGAGCACCUCCGCAUCCACAGUGGUGAGAAACCGUAUGAGUGCUCCAAUUGCAAGAAGCGUUUCUCUCACUCUGGCUCCUACAGCUCACACCUCAGCAGUAAGAAGUGCCUGACCGGAGGAGGAGGAGGCAGCGGAGGAGGAGGAGAGGGGAGCUAUAACAACGGACAUGGCCACCAUGGGGCCUACUACUCCUCCCUUGCGUCGCCCUCUGCAGGUAGUGGAAGGAACAGCAGUAGGAUGGGCUCUCCCUACCCUCCCCACACCCAGGAGGAACGUCCUCCAAUGGGGUUAGAGAGGAACCUGUAUCUCCCUAGAGACCAUGGUACGCGUCUCCUCCGGGGCCAGGAGCUAGGCUGGGAGUUGGGCCGGCGGUGGGACCCCACGCCGGAACGCUUUCUCCGGGCCAGUGUGUUCAAGGAGUCCACCCUGCUGCCGUACCUCCAUGCCGGCACCGGGGAAAAGUUUGAGCAGAUGCUGCAGGCGAUGCUGCACAGGGAGGAGGGAGGGUCAGGCUCAGCCAGGGAGGAAGGAAGACUGGGGGUUCACAAUGGCGGGAGAGAUGGGAAGGCAUCACCGGAGGCUCCGUUGAAACUAAAACGCGACCGUGCCGGCUCGGGUGAUGGCCAGGGGGUAAGUGGAGGGGUAACAUGUCGUUGGUGCUCCCAGCUCUUUCCCAGCCCCGCCAUCUUACUCCAGCACGAGCGCUACCUCUGUAAGAUUUACCGAGAGGCCAUGGAGGUGUCUGAGGAUCCUCACAGUAAAAAACACCUCUCCCCCCUCUACUUCUCCACCAGACCCCCUCUCCACCCACCACCAUCACCAGAUAACCACAAACCCCCAGCGAUGACCAACGGUUUCCCGAAAGACAAGUCUCCUCUCCAGAGACCCAGCUGGAACUCUGUCCCUCAGCAGCUGCUGGUUGCCAUGCACUCCCCCUUCCCGCCCAGCCCAGACUCACUUGCCAUGAGGUCACAUUGGUCCAGCCAGGAGAGUGGCAGGAGUGACGGCAGCCCUGGCCAACCAGCACCAACCAGCCCUGCUACAGACAUGUCAUCCCCUCCCCCAUUGGGGCGAAGACGGGUCCCCUCUUCAGGGUUCGGCUCGCACCUCUGCCUGGACCUGUCCUCUGCCAUUCUCAACACUCCUGCAAGCAGAGCCGCCCCCCAGGGAAGGACCCACCGGUCAUAUAGCUCUGAGAAUGACCAACCCCUGGAUCUCUCCCUCCCCAAGCCCCAGGAGGGGAAAGCCAUAGAGGACAGCAAGCCCUAUAAUGGACACCCUCACUGGGAAGAGAAGAGACAGAAGACCCAGAGAGACCAGGCAGAGAACCAGCACCACCGGAGGCUGAGUGUCAAUCUCAGUCCACCUCCUCACCAGCAUCAUGCAGUCUACAGCGGCGCUCAUAUUGUCGGGGGUUCCAUCUACAGUGCCUACCCUCUGUUUAACCCUAUGAUGCCUGCUGGGCUAGCUGGCUCAGAGCACGAUGGGGUUCCCUCCCUGCCCCUCAGCCGUCCAGUUAGCAACCAGGGAUUCCUCUCACCCAUGACCUACAUGAUGGAGUCAGACACAGACGCUGUGCUGAAGAGGAUCCACCAGGAGAGACGAGCAUUAAUGGGUGAGGUGAUUGGCCGCGGGGGUCUGGACUACCUCUCUCUGAUACAGGAGGGAGGAGAGGGCGAGGGGGGACCAGGGAGGAAGAGACUACAGAAGACAGAUGAAGGCCUGUACGCUUGUGACAUCUGUGACAAAACCUUCCAGAAGAGCAGCUCUCUGCUCCGACACAAGUACGAACACACAGGUAAGCGUCCUCACGAGUGCAAGAUCUGCAAGAAGGCCUUCAAGCACAAGCACCAUCUAAUUGAACACAGCCGCCUGCACUCUGGAGAGAAGCCCUACCAGUGUGACAAGUGUGGCAAGCGCUUCUCCCACUCGGGCUCCUACUCCCAACACAUGAACCAUCGGUAUGCCUACUGCAGCCUGCACCAGGACCAGGAGGGGGGUGAGGAGCUUCCUCUAACCCCAGGAGGGCCCACCGAUGUGGGCCACAUGGCCGUGGACACCCCCCUUUCCAUGGAGGACACCCCAACAUUUCUUAGUGACUCCAGUCUAGAUGGGGGGAUAGAAGGGAGAGUAGAUGAAGAGGAGGAAGAAGAGGAGCACGUGACAGAAGAGACUGAAGGCGGACGUAUGAAGGAGGCAUGUAGUUUGUCAGGGUCAAUGCCUGGUGAGGGAUUGGGGCCGAGCCCCAGUCUGGUACAGGGGUCCCCUGUGGGGAGGGACAGUGAGAGAGAACAGAGGGAGAGAGACAAAGAGCAGGUCGACAGACACAAUGAAGAGAGAGAGAGUGCUGGUCUAGGGACUCACGGACUAGAGACCAACCAUCACUGGGACAAAGACACAUUGGAACGAAAUGGAGACCAGAACACAGACACAUACGAGCUGAGCCCGGAAGCUCCAGUGUCACAACAGUGGACAAGUGUGCCAAAACAAUGCAUCUAGCUACAUGUACAAAUAAGGAUUAAGAGCUGUGUGAAAAUAUAUUUUAAAAAUGCACUGUUCAAAAUAUAGCAAAACUUAUACUGUACAGGUACAGGAAGUGACUUCCAAUGCAAAGCCAUAUGAACACAACCAAAAUAUGAACCACAUGAACUGACAGCAUAACACAAAGUGCAUAGUAAGAGCCAUGGGUAUGAUAUUCACGCUGGUCGGUAUGUUAGCAUGCGCAAUGUUGACUACUACAUAUCUGUCAUCACAGCUACCAGUUGACCACUUACGACUGGUUUAAGGUAAAGGUAAAGGAGUAUGCACUGCAAGGUGAUGUUCAUGUUGUUCUGUAGCAAGCAGUGUUGUUCAAUGUGUUUCCAGUUGCCUUAUCAGUAUAAUACAGUAUUUUUUAUUUGGCAAUACAAGUAUUCACUUUUGAAGGUUUUUAUAUCAGAUUUGACAUCAUGUUCUCCAAAGACCAUGAGGUCUCAACUGUAUCAAACAAUCGACCUCUGUGCUUUAAAAUGAAUAAGCAAUAAAUAAUAACUAUUAUUCAAAUUAGAAUAAAGGAUUAAAUAUGUAUUAUUUUUUGCCAAAGCUACAAAUUGGUUCAGGAUAUAUCCAUUAUGACUGUGGUCAGCUGUGCAUUAAUUAUGGGCGUUAGUAUGCAGAUAGAUUAGUGCCAAAUUAUGUAAAUGAGUUAGUUAGUUAUAUUGGCACUAAUAUACUGUAUCUCCAUACAAACACAGAUUUACCAUUGGGUUUCCAUGGUGACUAAUGAAUGGCUAAUAUACUGUCUAAAAGAUCAACAGGGAAGCCGGUCACUACAAACGCUCACUGACUUUUACACUGAGCCAUUAGGAAGUUGAAUGUUGGGUAGCCACCCUAAGCCUGGUAAAGUAAAUCGAUGUAUCCAUCCAUACCUUACCAUAUUUCUACACACAACAGAAAAACGAGAGUCCAAAUUAAAAUGGUUUUAUUUUGUUUUCUUUGAAGAAGGUACAAAUAAAUUAAACUUGUACUGCCUCACAAAAUGUUCCAUAUCUCUUAACAGACAUGUGGAGUUGCUUUGUCUCUAUUAGAAAAACGCAAAUACAUUGUCUCGCUCUAUGAAAUAUAAGUGCAGUAUUAUGCUUGUAACACAGUGUAGGUUCUACUACAGUUGCCCUCAAAGAUAUUAGCACCCUUGCACGAUUCACUAUUUCUUCUCAAAUAAGUGGAAAUUGAAAAUAGUUUAAUGUUCACACGUUUAUUUGUUUGGUUAAUAACUGCACAGGACCAAGAUCAUUUUUAAAGGUCCAAUGCAACCGUUUUUAUUGCAAUAUCAAAUAAUUUCUGGGUAACAAUUAAGUACAUUGUUUUCAAUUUAAAUGGUUGAAAAUAACCAAAAAUAUAUUUUUAGCAAAGAGCAAUUUAUCAAGCAAGAAUUUUGCUAGGACUGUCUUAGAGUGCGGAGGGGAAAAGUGAAAACUAGCUGUUACUGGCAAAAAGGUUUGGAACUCUUUUGUCUUUUUGGUCUAUUAACUAAUUUACUGCAUGGUUAUGUCACCAGGCAGGCCAAAACUCCUUCCCACCAAAACAGACUGAAAUUUCAGCCGAUCUUUUCAAACAGCUCUUACACCAAAAGGGCAUUAUAAUUUUCACAA